AUGCAUUUCCCCUCCAUCCUCAUUCUUUCAUCCACUGUAGCCACUCUCGCAGCAGCAAUACCAUCUCAAAUCUCGAACGAUAUCGAAAAGAGACAAUCUCAAUUCUGCACCACCGUCGGAUUCACCAACCCAUUCUGCUGUAUUCCUCAACUAGAUGUUCUAAAUGCCGUUUAUGUAGCUAGUGAAUGCGUGCAAGUACCUGGUGGAACAAGUAUUACUUCCAUUCAAGAUUUUGAUAGUGCUUGCUUGGAAUUAAAUAAGAUUGCGCUUUGCUGUAAUCUUAAUAUUGAGGGGAUUGCUACUUGUAGUGAGGCAGUUCAACAUUAG